AUGGAUGCUGAGACGCUGCCUUACGCGCUGGACCUCGUGGCCAGCAGCGGGAUAUGCUUGAGCCCAGAGAAACGGGCCGCCUUGAGGAACUCCCUGCUGCUGGUGCGCAGGGACUACCGUUUCGAGCAGGUCCGCCUCUGGGGCCGCAUCCAAGGCAUCCGAGGAGCGUACUAUAUCGCCGAGGGUCUGGGACCAGACAGGGCUGGGAUCAGAAGCCGGCUCUACAGCUUGAAUGGUGUGGAUUGGAGUCUUCUGCCACCCCCCUCAGAAGAAAUUAUUGCAAUGACUGCAGGAUUAAAGGGACGUUUCCAAGGGGACCCAUCUUAUGAGUAUGAAUCCCCUGAGAAAAAAGAAGAAGGUGAAAGACCAUAUGAAGAAGAAAUUGGACCCUUGGUCAAGGAGGAGAUCCGUCUGGUAGCCACAAUACAUCAGAUAGAUCAAGAAGUUGGUAUUGUUCCACGGGGCGCAUAUGUAAAAUCUCCACUUGGACCCGUGCAUGUGAACAGGAGCUUUGAAGGUUUGUCCCUAACAGAAGCAAAAAAGUUAAGCUCCUAUUUUCAUUUUACUGAGCCUGUAAAAUUGAAGAAUAAAACUCUGCUGGAAAAAGCUGACUUGGAUCCAGCAAUUGACUUUUUGGAUUCUCUCGAACAUGAUAUCCCUAAAGGGUCCUGGAGCAUCCAGGUAGAGAGAGGAAGCAGAGUAGUAGUGCUACGAAGUCUACUCUGGCCUGGACUCACAUUCUACCAUAUUCCUAAUACUAAACAGCAUGGUUACAUCUAUUUUGGCAACGGAGAGAAGAACAUAGACUUACCCUUCAUGUUGUAAAGAUCACAAACACAUAAAAUUAAGGAAGCUAUCUCCUAAUGUUGUAAUUAUUUUGUACUUAUGUCUAUAUUUUUGAUUUAAUAAAUCUGUGUGAAAUCAGUC